AUGCCACCGACGCGCCGCACUCCUCGUCGUGGGGGCUGGAAGGUAAUUGUCGUUGAACAUUUUGCACACGAGUUGGCGCUCUGUCACUGACUUUCCUCCUAGCCAGGUACACUGAUAAAGCCUAGAAACCCUCGUAUCCUUAUUGAACCCGACACCACCUUUUUUGCGGCGAUAGAUUUGCUCAAUGGCCUCUCGGGUCUGUGCGCUGUAGGUUCGGUAGACUUGGAAGUGCCUAGAAGACCAGCUCCAGGAAUGGAAGCUCCGGACGGCUGGAAUUGGCUCGAACCCCCCCCCAUUCGUUUCCCAAAGCAUUCUAUCGCCGACAACCUAGUCCAGCUAGCGUCGCUCCGUGUCCUGAGAUGCACAUAUAAGAUGAUCGGAGAUUCUACUGCGAGGGUCCGAGUCUACUUGCUCCCGGAUGACGUUGGGAGACGUGUUGUGCCGAGAGAUAAUCGGGAGAUCGGCAAGUUUCGGCGGGAGGUCUUGUGUGCACUCGAUUCCUCUAAGACAGGUUGGCAGGGGCUAAAGGUGAAAGUCCACGAGCCCCUUGUGGCUCCGGGUGAUGCUCAUCUGUCCCUUUUCUACCUGUUUAAUACUUUAGACUCGCCCAACCCAAAUCCUAAGGCGGAGUGGGUUAAAGACCGCAAUACCACCGACCUCAUGAAUCGGGUCCUGAGAAAACCGAUUGCGGGAAUGAAAAACCCGCUAUACGGGUACCAAAAGAAGACUGUUGCUAUGAUGAUCCAACGGGAGCUAGCCCCUGAAAAUACACAGGAUACUAGGUUUAGAUGCUAUACUGGUCCACAAGGGCAAGAAUACUACCUUGAUCUCGAGACUGCAGAGAUGUUGAUUGAGCCAAGAAAAUAUGAGGAUGUCAGAGGAGGAAUACUAGCAGAAGACACGGGAACAGGGUUAGCCCAACUGGUCCCCUGUUGCGUAUCUGCAUAUCUCGCUGACAGGGUCAAUGGCCAGGAAAACCUUUAUUUGCCUGGCACUCAUUCUAGCAACAAAGUAUCAGUACUCUUUUAUCCCUGAAGAAUAUGAGGAACAGCCGCGUCUUCGUGAAUCCCCACCUUCACUGUCUGAUCUUGCAGUAGCAGCUAUCUGGAAACACUCAUUAGGGUGGGGAGAGUUUAAAGAUGACCUCGGUGCUGUUAAUGUCGCUAAACUUAGGGCGGCGCAUGCGUUCUACGAAGUGCCACCCCCUCCAAAAAGCCGAAGCAAGCGUUAUAGCCCUAUUGAUGCCAAAGAAAGGAUACAUCUUGGGACUGGGACUAUUGUUGUGUGCCCUCCUAAUCUUGUAGAUCAGUGGAAACGAGAAAUCAGUAUUCACGUCGAGGAAAAGGCACUAAAGGUGAUUGCGAUGCUUUCCACAAAUUUUGGGCCUGUUGCUAACUAUAUUAGACACUUGUACUUGUGAGGUCGUCCGAAGAGAUUCCUCCUGUGUCGGAGCUCCUAGAAUACGAUCUUAUUAUCAUUGCCCGACCUCGCUUUGAUAUGGAGGAGAGGGAAGGUCGGGAUAAGGCUGGGAGACGUGAAUCUGGCGGGAAGCCACUUAUUUGCAGAUGCCCUUAUAAGGGAGCUACAAGAAUUGCCGAUUGUGUAUGCUUUGACAGGGAUGCAGUAUACAAGUCACCACUCAUGUCAGUUCGGUGGAAGCGAUUAAUCGUUGACGAGGGUCACUCAAUGGCGUCAUCAAGUUCGCUAAUGAACCGAGGCGUUUGCGUCGCCCAGCGACUACCGGUUGAGCGGCGGUGGAUUGUCUCUGCUACCCCGGUUACAGGUCUAUUGGGAAUAUCUUCUGGCAUGAACAUUGGGGAGACCGCAGAGGCGCUGGAGGCCCGGAGGGAGCAGGAGUUGGAAGAACGCAGGGUGGCGCAGACGAACGAAGCCAAUGAUCUUGAGAAGCUCGGUCGUAUAGUUUGCGAUUUUCUGAGAGUGCGUCCUUGGGCCCUACCUUCUAAAGGUCAGAGCAAUGAACAUGCUUCUUGGAAAGUCUACAUUAGUAAAGGUUUUAUGCAGCGACAGCCAGGAUCUACUGAUUGUGUGCGGAGUAUUCUCCAGAGGAUAAUGAUCAGGCAUCGUUUGAAAGACAUUGAGAAAGACAUUAAUCUUCCCCCGCUGUAUCACACUCCGGUUUAUUUGGAGCCCGGCUUCUUUGAGAGACUAUCAAUGAAUCUGUUUCUAGGCGGUCUAGCGUCUAAUGCUGUUGCAAGUGAGCGGGUAGAUAAGGAUUACAUGUUUCAUCCAAAGAACCGUGGGCCAUUGCGGGAAUUGACUAACAAUCUGCUGAAACGAAGCGGCUUUUAUUGGAUGGGUCACUCAAGUGCAGACGUGCAGCUCAUGGUCUCAGUUAGCCAGAAGUGUCUUACGGACCCUACAAAGCAUCACAGCAAGCAGGAUCGGGGGUUGUUGGAGUCGGCCAUAGAGUCAGGAUUGAGAGCAUUGGGUAAUCCUGUCUGGAAUGCUUGCAUUCGUAACUCUGAGAUGGGUCUGUUCCCCCCCCCCUCUCCCUUACAACCAGCCGCUAAAAUUAUACGAUGGGAGCAGCAUAUUCCGUCCUACACUUUCCUGAAUCGAUCGCUGCCGAAUGGGCCCUGGUGAAGGGAUCCGGGAACCCCUACCCGAUAGGGGGAAAGUCGGUACAGGAUGUUCAACGAUACGUGAAUGCGCAUGCGUACGAUCCCAAACUUGUCUCAAAGCUUGGGGACAAGGCCGGAGUGGCCGCAGCGGAUGCCUAUUUGACCGGCAACACCAGAAGGGACGGGAAAUCCAAGACGGCAUCUACAGUGGUAGGUCAGCAGAAUACAGAAGCGCGUUCUGCGAACGGUGCCGAGACCAAGUCCAACAUCAAAUCUAUCCUAAAGCGAUGUACAACGCCCGUAUCUAGCGUUCCCAAGGACUCCCCACUAGCAAAGACAGAAGUGAUCGGCACUGCCUCGCGAAAACUAACCUACCUCUUAGACAAAGUCCUAGAACACCACGAGACUGAGAAAAUCCUAAUAUUCUACGAAUCCGAGGAUGUGGCAUUCUACAUCGCUCAGGGCUUGGAAAUAAUUGGCGUGGAGUACCUUGGCUACCAGAAGAACUUGCCCAGCCACGAGAAGGCGAAAUACCUCGUGACAUUCCAGUUCUCACAGAUGUUCCGCGUGUUUUUGAUGGACCUCUCACAGGCUGCCUUUGGCCUGAACAUCUCGGCCGCUAGCAGGGUCUUCUUUGUAAACCCGGUUUGGCAACCCAGCGUCGAGCACCAAGCGCUUGCGCGCGCGCAUCGCAUCGGGCAGAAGAGACCAGUGUACGCGGAGACAUUGAUCCUGGACCACACUAUCGAACGAGAGAUGUGGGAUCGCAGGCAAGGGAUGACAGUAGCAGAACUAGAUCUCUCAAAGGGCGCGGCGGCGAAUGACUCGAAAAUGAGGGACAUCAUAUCAAACACCAAGUUUCUUAAAACUGACGAUGCGGAAGGAGGAGUGAAUUCCAACGGCAACCCCUCCACCUCUAUCUCCUCCGACCGCUUCUCCAACCUCAAGUCUCCGCAGACUCUCCUGGGCCCCGGAAAGCAUGGGGGCGUCUACAGUCACGAAGGCCUGGAUGACAAGCUCAGAAAGACAUAUAGGGCGCCCCGCGAUAGAGCUCCGUCAUUGGCGCCUACAUCGCCAGCUUGCCUUGGCUCGGACAGCGACGAAGAGAUAGUCAGCGACCUGCGCGUCGCGACCCCACCAAAGCGCAGGGCAUCUGUGGCCUCCUCUGGAGCCGGGAGUAGCGAUAGAAAGAGGAGAAGGUCCAGCAAUAGCAGUUCUGGUAGCGCUGCUGCUGUGAGGAAGGCUGUGCGUUUUGGCUAG